AUGGUACUACUACUGAAAAACUAUUUUUCAAAAAAACUCAUAUAUAAUUUAAUAUACUCUGUCAAUAAGAAAUACUCCGAGAAAACAAAACAACAAAAAAAGUUGCUGUGUCAUCCGUACAUCCAAACGGAUCCAAAUGAGUUGAAAAUUUCAGAUAAUUAUAGAUCAUGGAGAAUAAUCCCCCAGCACACAGAUCUGCCAGAUAUCAAUUUCUAA